CUCAUAAACCGGUCCUUAGCAAAAGGGUAAAUAAACCCCACUCGAUCAGAUCAGAUUCCAUUCAGAAGCACAAGAAGAAUCCGGAAACGAAGAAAAAGGAUCAGGAUUACCGCAGGAAGCCAUGGAAACACUGUCCUCCUCCGCGACCAUCGUCUCUUCUUCCCGCCCCGUUUUCUCUCCAGCCACCAAAUCGAGAAGGUCCCUCCGAUUCCCUACCUCUUCCAAGAGUGAGAGUAACGAAUCCGAUCUCCGAUCCGAUUUCAACGAGUCCAGCAUCGUGCCUAUUCUCAGCAAUCGAUCUUUUUCUAAGGAUGAGGCUAUGGGAUUGGUGUUGAGUGCGGCAUCUGUGGGAGGUUGGACAACAGAUUCUGGCUUGGAAGGUCCUUCAGUCCCUGCUGGAGCUGAUCCCAGCUCAGGUAUGGAAAAAGUCUCUACGUUCCCAUGGUCCCUCUUUACCAAAUCACCGCGGCGGAGGAUGCUAGUGGCCUUUAGUUGCAAUGUUUGUGGGCAAAGGACUACUCGUGCUAUUAAUCCCCAUGCCUACACCGAUGGCACCGUGUUCGUCCAGUGUUGUGGAUGCAAUGUUUUCCAUAAGCUGGUGGAUAACCUGAACCUCUUUCAUGAUAUGAAAUGCUACGUGGACCCAAGCUUCAACUACCCAGACCGGAAAAGUGAUGUUGCCUUUAAGUACCUUGAUAUCGACGACAUGGAUAAUGAUGAUGGCAAUGAUUUCUUUCCUAUCUUAUGAGGUGAAAUGACUAUAGAGUGUACAUUACAGUCAUUAUACUUUGAAACUUGUCACUUUAUUUGUAAAUAUGUUUACUGCUGGUAUUGUUCAUGCUAGAAGCUUGGUUAAUAAUUGAAUUGGUAUGUUGUGUUGGCGACUUGGUGUUUUCUAUAGUUAAUUUUUAGUAUAGUAGUUGGUCAAUGUGUAUUUAUACUUGCAGAAUUCAGGAAGAAUUCAUUUAUCGUCCA